CGGUGCUGCGGUUGUUGUGUUGGGAAAGUGAAAAUGGUGAACCGUGUGGUGGCACUGACUGCCAUGUCUCGUAUUUCCUCGCUCAGUGGCCGUUACCGCGUGUUUGUGCUAAUGUGAAGUGAUAAGCAGUGAUGUGCGAGUGUCAGUGAAGCGCCCCGUUGUGCUAAGUCGAGAUGGGGAACUGUUUCAGUAGCAGUAGAGGGUCGGGGAAGAAAGAGACCAACUCGGAUAGCAGGAGUAUUCCCCCGCCUAAUAAUCUAUUCACAGAGCAGGUCCAAUCCCCACCACUGACUGGCCCCACAAUCAGUGACCCCACCGGUGCCACACGGGGUACCACAGACAAUCAGGCCCUUGGUGGUCGGCCAAUGAAUGGCCUUAACCCAACUUUACCUUCACUGCCAGACCCUGAGGGUACUGCAGCUACGUCUAAAAUAUUUGUGGCACUUUAUGACUAUGAUGCUAGAACAGACGAGGACUUAAGUUUCCGUAAAGGAGAACAUUUAGAAAUUCUUAAUGAUACACAAGGGGAUUGGUGGUUCGCAAGAUCGAAAGCCACGAAACAAGAUGGCUACAUUCCCUCAAAUUACGUGGCUAAACUAAAAAGUAUAGAAGCUGAACCGUGGUAUUUUGGAAAAAUAAAAAGAAUAGAAGCAGAGAAGAAGUUGUUAUUACCCGAAAAUGAACAUGGCGCCUUUUUGAUAAGGGAUUCUGAGAGCAGAAGAAAUGAUUAUUCAUUAUCUGUAAGAGAUGGCGACACAGUUAAACAUUAUCGGAUACGGCAGUUAGACGAAGGAGGGUUCUUUAUUGCUCGUAGGACCACCUUCAGAACAUUACAAGAACUUGUAGAACAUUAUAGUAAAGAUGCUGAUGGCUUGUGCGUUAACCUCAGAAAGCCUUGUAUCCAGAUUGAAAAGCCAGUCACCGCUGGACUUUCACACAAUACUCGAGACCAGUGGGAAAUAGACAGAUCGUCUCUGAAGUUUGUUCGCAAAUUAGGCCAUGGACAAUUUGGGGAAGUGUGGGAAGGCCUGUGGAAUAACACUACACCAGUUGCCAUCAAAACUCUUAAACCAGGUACAAUGGAUCCCAAGGACUUCCUUGCCGAGGCACAGAUUAUGAAGAAACUACGACAUCAGAAGCUUAUUCAACUAUAUGCAGUGUGUACACUUGAGGAGCCCAUCUACAUCAUCACAGAGCUUAUGAAGAAUGGCUCAUUACUAGAAUACCUCCAAGGUAAAGGCAGAGGGUUGAAGUUGAACAAUCUAAUUGACAUGGCAGCACAAAUUGCAGCAGGUAUGGCGUAUUUAGAAUCUCAGAACUACAUCCAUCGUGAUUUAGCCGCAAGAAAUGUCCUUGUUGGAGACAGCAAUAUUGUUAAGAUAGCUGACUUCGGCCUUGCACGGCUUAUUAAGGAGGAUGAAUAUGAAGCAAGAGUUGGAGCUCGUUUUCCCAUUAAGUGGACAGCACCUGAGGCUGCAAACUACUCAAAGUUCUCCAUAAAGAGUGAUGUCUGGUCAUUUGGUAUUCUACUAACCGAACUUAUCACCUAUGGGCGUAUACCAUACCCAGGUAUGACCAAUGCCGAAGUUUUACACCAAGUGGAGCAUGGAUAUCGUAUGCCUCCACCACCUGGCUGCCCUCCUGCUCUUUAUGAUAUAAUGGUUGAGUGUUGGCACAAGGAUCCCAUGAAGAGACCUACCUUCGAAACCCUCACCUGGAAAUUGGAAGACUUCUUUACACUCGAAGGUUCCGAGUAUAAGGAGGCUGCUGUGGCCUACUGACCCUCAAUUGUAAAGCCCAGAUCUGGCGGCUGCACUGACCUGGAAUUGUAUCCAGCUUUUACCUAGUAUUAAUUCUCAGACCAUAUUGGGAUACAGGUCAUGUUGAUUCUCCUUGUAGCUAUGGUUACAGAAUUAAGCUUGACUCUUAAAUAUUUUCCACAUGGAUAAUUACAGGUGAGCAGAAACAGUGACACAGUAAUGUAGCCAUUAAAUGCCUGAUCUGGCAGAAAUACAAUCUUCCCUAAAUUGCCUGUUACAGACAGUGGAUACUUUGUUUCAGGUAUUUAUUAUGGUAACCAAUAAUAUCUGCAUUAUUAAAAAAUGACGUGUGUGGGGCUACUUUUCAGUGCAUUGGCAUUGUACUGGUAUGCAAUUCUAAUGAACUGCAUACCUGAGAUACUUUAAUCUACAUGCAUAAAAAUGAUAGUCAACUGAGACUGUAAUCUAUAUGCUUCCUAUUUUUUUGGAAGUAUUUGGAUUAUUUCAUACUAUUAGUCCCAGUUUUUGAAUUGAGCAGUUACCUUUUAAUGGUAAGGGUCAUACAUAGGGUGUUAGCCAACAUCACAAUGUGGCCUGUGUUUGUAGUGGCUGCUGCCUUUACCCAAAAAUGGUAUUUUUUGUACAACUCAAAAUGAGGUGUUUGAAUGCCUGAUGCAAAUUACAUCCCAGUAUUUUUGAAGAACAUGUUUUGUUCUCUUGGAAAAAUCGACAAUGGGUGUACAUAAAAAUGGACAGUGGGUGUACAUAAAGAGUUUCCUUACCGAGUGAUAAGCUUUACUCAUAGCUGUCUUUUGUAGAAUACUGAUGCAAUCCCAGUGUAUGGUAAAAUUAUGAGAUGGUAAUGCAAUGUUAUGCUUGUAUUUGUUUCCCCCUCUCUGGAACUUUGAUUCACUAAAUAGAGCAUAUAUGCAAUAUGAAUAUUUUGAAGCUCUAGUGAAUUGUACCUCUAUAAAUCUACAGUGUCACAAAUGUGAAGGAAGUCUCGUGUUUUGUCAUCCCAAUGUAUUGCCUUAGAAUUGCACCAAAGACAAUUUAAAAGUGUGGUGUUUUAACUUUAGAUUCAUGCUUUUGAUGCUCAAGUUUCCAACACUGCAAUGUAGGAGUUUUUAGAUUCAUUCAUUAUGUUCAUAGGCUGUGCCUAUAAAAGAAAGCAUAUUCAGUAUGGUGAAAGUUUUUGUAAUAUGUGAAGAACACGUGGGUUUAACUUCAGUGCUCUUGUCAACUGACCAGCACAAUUUCUAUUAUUUUUAACAUGCCAUUAGUUGAUUAUUCUUGUGCCUAGCCUUAUAAUGAGGAACUAUUUAUUUAUAUUUUCAUAAUUUGUAUGCUGUAUAAAUUUUUUUAGGGGUAAAUGAAAUGAAGAUGUAUGGGAAAAGUAGAGAAACUGGUAUUGUAGGUAAGCCCAUCAGUUUACUGUUCAAGCAGGCAAGGAUUGUUGUUCAUUAAUAUUUAUUAUUUUAUAAUUUUGUUAUAUGAUUAAUUCUUUGGGGACAACUAAAUGAAAUACCAACAUUACUCAUUUUCCAAAUCUCGUCAUUGUAUACAGCUUUGUGCAUGAUAUCAGUUUGGUUCAUUACGACUCAAUCUUAAACUUUUAUUAUUUGCUCCCUCCACACAUUGAACGUAACAUGCAGUUGUCAUUUUGUAAAGUUGCAUAACCAAGACACAAAGGCAGAUUUCACAAUUCAUUAAAACUAUUUUGACAAUGAACACUUCAAUAAAGCAGUAUCUUGCUUGGAGAAGAAGCCUCUUCAAGUCUAGAGAAAGUUCAUGGGAAAUAUGGGUAAUAUAUUAAGUUUAAUGAGGACUGUAAGAGGGAGGAGUGACCUUUAUAGUUAUUCACAUGCUGGGUCAAUCACAUCUGUCCUAUAAUUCUUACUCGGCCCUUGUAUUUCAUUUUUUACCACCAUGUACUCUAUAGACUUGAAAUGGCUUGGUCUCCGAGCAAAAUAUUUCAAUAAAGCAUCCAUUUUGUUUUUGUGUCUGUUUUGCAUCAAUUGCAUAUGCAUUUAAUGUUAUUAUUCAUUGAGGUUGUUAGCCAUAUUACCUCUAUCAUCCCCAUUAUGUGUCUUUCAAAAGAUAUUAGUACAGUAUAUCUACAUUUGUACUUCACUUCUCAACUGUAUUACUUUAUUAUGACAAAUAUUAUCAGUACUAAAGCUCUGUUUUUAUUAAAAAGCAGUACAGUAUUUAUAAAUUUGUAUAUCUGUAUAGAUAUGAGUGUUUUGUUAGAAAAAUGUAUAACUUUUUGCAGUUAUAGUUUUAGGGUCAACAAAUUCUUUCUGUGUAUGCAGUUAAUGAAAAAGAGUAGUUUAUCUAAAUUUCAGGAUGUUGAUUUCUUCUCAUACACAUUACUUAUUUUGCUAGAUACAACUCUUAAGAUGUUUCAUGUCUUACCCCUGUCUCUAGGUAUGUUGACCAACCACAUUGACUAGUUGUGACUAAUAACCUAAAUUAAAAAAAAUUAUCAGUAACUAUCACAGAGGGAGGGGUAUGGAGAAGGGAGUUUGGAUAAUUGAAAGUGUAGUAAAGCCCAAAAUUUUGUUUGAAGAAUUAUUGAAAUUUUAAUUCACUUUCUUUUCCUUAGAGCCCACUCAGCAGUAGACUAAUGUUGUCAUUAGACAUUUCUUAACUUAAAUACAUUAAACGGAUUUGCAAAGAAAUGUCGACACAAAACCUUUUGAGUAUAAAUGUGUGCAUGGCAUUGGCACCUUUGAAAUACGUAGUCUAAAUUUUCACUAAUGUUUUCAUAAACAUAUUUUUGACACUGGCCAUUUUCCACCAAGGUAGUGUAUCCUAAAGAAGGAAAAUACUUCUGCCAUACCUAGAUGUCUUUCUAAAUGUGCAGAGACAUAACAAUUCUAAUAAUCCAUAAAAUCACAAUAUCCCUGUCUCCAUUCUUUUGAGUGCAGAGGUCCAGCUAACUUGUUCCUCUGAAUCCCUUCAUAGAUAUUACCUUGUUCACACCAACAGCAAAUAAAAUCCCUUCCUCUCAAAAUUUCCAGCACACCCCUUCCUAAUUUUUUAUAGUGAAUCAUUAAUUUUUAAAAAUACAUAUAAAGUGUGUGUUAAUUUUGUUUAUAUUCAGGAAUUUUAUUUUACGUGAAUGUAAAUGCUGGCGCUUAACAGUCAAGGAUAUCCAUAGAUAGCAUUUGAGAGUGGUCACAAGGCAUUGUGAUUGUUGUAUUUGAGUUGAUGCUUGGUUAGGUCCUUUCUCGUACUUUACAGUUGAUAGAUUUGGUAUCCAAAUGGGUUUAAACUGGAGGUUGAAUACCCCAUUCAGAUGAGCAUACACUAAAUGGAUCAUCCUCUAUAUUGAAAAUUUUGCAUGCACAAUAAUUUAAGGGCAUAGAUAUGUGGAGGCAAGUUAGUGGCAAAUGUCUGUUGCAAGGGUAGAAUUAAGUUUGGUGUGUGGUGGUGUGUGUAUAUAUGUAAGUCUGUAUGAGAUUGUAUGUGGGUGUAUGAAGAUAUUCACCUUUGUUUUAAAAGCAAGCGUAAGUGCAAACACAGUCUUGGAGAUCGCCUUUGUGAUUUAAUAUUGAUUGUUUUUAUACAUUUUCUUUAGCUUCAUGUGUGUUCUCAUUACCAGUACUACAGUGAACCCUCGACCAGCGAUGGCAUCGAUUAACGAUAAAUCUGACUAGCGAUACAUUUUAUCGCAAAAAUUUUGCCUCGAUUAGCGCUAAAAAACUCGACCAACACUAUUCGUUCCGUCUGAGACGCGUCCACUUCUGGCCAGUGUUUACAAGCCAGCCAGCCACCGCGGUCGCUUCCAAGCAUACAAUCGGAACAUUUCAUAUUAUCACAGCCUUUUUAGUGAUUGCACCUGCAAAAUAAGUCACCAUGGGCCCCAAGAAAGCUUCUAGUGCUAACCCUACAGCAAAAAGGGUGAGAAUUACUAUGGAUAUGAAGAAAGAGAUCAUUGCUAAGUAUGAAAGUGGAGUGCAUGUCUCUGAGCUGGCCAGGCUGUAAACAAAACCCCAAUCAACCAUCGCUACUAUUGUGGCCAAGAAAACGGCAAUCAAGGAAGCUGUUCUUGCCAAAGGUGCAACUAUGUUUUCGAAACUGAGAUCGCAAGUGAUAGAAGAUGUUGAGAGACUGUUAUUGGUAUGGAUAAACGAAAAACAGAUAGCAGGAGAUAGCAUCUCUCAAGCGAUCAUACGUGAAAAGGCUAGGAAGUUGCAUGACGAUUUAAUUAGAAAAAUACCAGCAACUAGUGGUGAUGUGAGUGAAUUUAAGGCCAGCAAAGGUUGGUUUGAGAGAUUUAAGAAUCGUAGUGGCAUACAUAGUGUGAUAAGGCAUGGUGAGGCUGCCAGUUUGGACCAAAAAGCAGCUGAAAAAUAUGUGCAGGAAUUCAAGGAGUACAUAGACAGUGAAGGACUGAAACCUGAACAAGCGUUUAAUGGUGACACUGACAAUGUUGUGAAACACUUUAGGAAUGUCAUAAAGGAACGGGAGGUACAGGCCUCUAUGGGCAGAUAUGUUGUGCGACAGAGGUCCAGUGACUCUCAAGCUGGUCCUAGUGGCAUUAAAAGAAGGGAAGUAACCCCGAAAAAGGACUUGCCACCUCAAGUCCUAAUGGAAGGGGAUUCCCCUUCUAAACACUAAGACCAUCAACACACUCCCCUCUUCCCAUCCCAUCAAUCAUCACCAGAUCUUCAAUACAGGUAAGUGUCAUGUAACUGUGCAUGUCUUCUUCAGUUUGUGUGUAUUAAAAUUAAUAUUUCAUGUGUUAAAUUUUUUUUUUUCAAUACUUUUGGGUGUCUUGCACGGAUUAAUUUGAUUUCCAUUAUUUCUUAUGGGGAAAAUUAACUUGACUAACGAUUAUUCUGACUAAAGAUGAGCUCUCAGGAACAGAUUAAUAGCGUUAGUCGAGGGUCCACUGUAUUAGCAGAAGUUAUUGUGCAGUAUUGGUAGUCACGCCAGGUACCUGCUCAUUAAAGCAGUUAUAAAGUUCAACUCUUAAUGUGUAGACAUUAAGUGUAAAUGGUCAGUCCAGCAGCUGAAGGAGUAGCAGCUAGAUGCAGCUACAUGAUGCACACUGUGCAGUAGGAAAAUAAGGUAAGGUAUAUUUUUUGUUGUGAUCAAAGAUAGAUGAGAAAUAAGCAGUUCAUAUUUUGAAUAAUAAAUUUUAAUAACUGGCUCUGAAGGAGUACUGAGCAAAUAUAAGCCUCUGAUAGUAGCAAUCAGUAUUGAAGAUGUGUCCGGUACGAUGAACUAAAUACAUUCCGUCAUAGGAGAUAUGAUGACUUGGGGUCACAGAAGGUAGCCCUUGAAGUGCUAUGCUUGUAAUAUCUUGGUUUACAGACUAUAAAGCUUGUCGUAGAACAACCAUAGUAUGAUGGGAAAGUAUCUAAAGCAUAGUUUAAAAAUACUGUAUGUGUGUUGGAAAAUACUCGUAUAUAUGUACUGGGGAUAUUGUCGUAGUUUAAUGCUUGGCAGAAAGUAAUUUAUUAAUUUUGCUGGUAUAUUUUUAUUCCAUAAAACUUCUUUUUUUUCAUAAAAGAAUAUUAUUAAGUCAGUUUCAUUGCAAACAAGUUGAUAAUAUUCCAAGUAUGUAAAUUUUGUAUGCCAACAUAUUCAUUAAUUGCUAUUAUUAGUGCCUCAUUUUAAGAGAUUUAAAGUAUUAGAAUGUGUAUUCAAUUUGUGUGUAAGUUUUCCAUGUAGGUUAACUAUGGGUUGGUGAGGAAAGAUAAUUAAAGCUAAAAUUAAGAAGAGCACUUACAAGACUUGCUAGAAUGAUUUAUACUUAGUACUGCUUCACCAGCCACGGUUUAAAACUUAGCCCUGGAAUUUGCAAGAACAACAUAAAUAGUUACAAAGAUGAGUACAUAGGGUGGUCAGUAUUGGAGAAAUUGUGGUGCUUUUGAUACUUUGUGUAAUUAGGGGCUGUACUAUCUAUCAGAAAUGAAGAGUGAAUGUUUUGAAAUACUUUGAAAUUAUGUAGGCUGACUUGUAUUUGCUAUUGUAAUGCUGGUAAAAUGGAAAAAAAAAAUGAUACAUAUACCAAAUGUUGUCUGAUCCCUUUUACAGAUGUCUAAGUCCAUCCUCAGUAGAUUUUUGUUAUAUUUAUUUUUAUAAUUAGAUAAUUUGCCUUUGUAUUAACAGGUAAAAAUGAAGCUGACAUCUACUGUAGAGGCAUACAGACUAUGGUUACUAUGUACAGUCUUUAAAGUUAAGUACACAUAGUAGAGCUAGUUUUUUUUUUUGUGGCACUUAAGAAGUGGAAUAUAUUUUAAUGAAAAUUUUGAUAUUUUGAGAUAAUUGUCAUGAAUUUAUUAUCAAAAAAUGAAAAUCAGAGUCCAGAAAUCAUACUGAUAUGCCACCUAAGUUUUAUCUUAUAGUUCCAGCCAUGUGUCUUAAUUGUGUGCAUACUGUCCUUUGCAUGGUGCUCUCUCCUUUGCCUCAACCAUUGAAAAUUUGCAUUAUAAUUUUAAUAUACAAGUUAGUGACGUCCAAAUUUAAAAUUGUUAGGAGCAGUGAAGUGAAAGUUAUUAUUUUAUCUAACUUAAUAGUGAUACCCACCUUAAUCAUAAUGUGCAAGGAAAAAAAAAAUUGUUGUGUGGUUGUAGUGACAUUGGAGAGUGCACAUCAUAGAGGUUACAGUUUGCAA